AUGGAGACGCGCCUCGGUCACUGCCUUUUUAUCAUUUUCUCUAAGUGGAUUUGGCUCUUCACCCUAACUUCCAUCCUGGGCGGAACAGACGCGGAGCUAAGGUGCAUUCCCUCGUGCCAGCAGCCGAUCAUUAAAGCUGUUCCCCGCGGACCCUCGGAGCUGGAUUUCACUCAUUUUGGCGAGGCACCAACUCAUGAAUUUGUUGGAAUUAAGGAUCGUUCACCGGGCGCCAAACCCACCGCCGGAGGAGACGAAACGCACAACGCUGCAGAAUCAACGACGAGCGAAGAAAGUUCGUCCAAAGUGCAGGGGAAUAACGCAAGUUGUCUCCAGAAGGACGCGUUGAACGGUCAGCCAAAAGUUUCCGUGCCGAAACGCGCGGCUGCCUCUUCUCCCAGUGAGAGUACCGCGACCCAAAACAGCACCGGAGAUGUCCAACAUACCAACGAUGGGAAUGGGAAUGGGGUUGAUGAGACAGUAGGCCUGAACGAUGAGGAUGCCGAUGUGGCCAGCUGGAGACGAGCACGGAGUGCGAGGAGCGCAGAGACCUGGUCGGAAUUCAGCCAUGAGGAUGGGGAGUACGCUUCGUUUUCGGACCAGGAGGAGUUUGAGCUCCCAAGUUCGACAUUUGCACUCACCGGGGACACUGCUCACAACCAGGCGAUGGUGCACUGGUCCGGACAAAACAGCAGUGUGAUCCUCAUGUUGACAAAGUACUAUGACUUCAACUCUGGCAGAGUAACAGAGAGUUCUUUAUGGAGGUCAACUGAUUAUGGGACCACAUAUGAGAAGCUUAAUGAGAAAGUCGGACUAAAAACCAUCCUGAGCUACUUGUACGUGAGUCCGAACAACAAAAGGAAGAUCAUGUUACUUACCGACCCGGAGGUGGAGAGCAGCCUGCUCAUUAGCCUUGACGAGGGGGCGACCUAUCAGAAGCACAGCUUAGCCUUUGAUAUCCUCAGCCUGCUUUUCCACCCCGAGCAGGAGGACUGGAUCCUGGCUUACAGCCACGAGCAAAAACUCUAUGUCUCUGUUGAAUUUGGGAAGAGAUGGCAGCUUGUGCACGACGGCGUCAUCCCAAACAGAUUCUACUGGUCCAGAAUGGGUUUAGACAAAGAGCAAGGAAUGAUUCACCUGGAGAUCAGCGUGUCUGAUGGACGGUCACAGUACAUCACUUGUAAACUUCAGAAUUGCUCUGAUGGAAACAAGGGCAAGCCUUUCCCUGGAUUUAUCAUCCCUAAUUCCCUGGUGGUUCAGGAUGAAUACGUUUUCAUCCAGGUGCCAGUAGGUGGUCAGUCUGUCCAUUAUGUGUCCUAUAAAAGAAAUGCUUUCUACCCAAUGAAGCUUCCCAAAUACACUCUGCCAAAGGACUUGCAGAUAAUCAGCACAGAUGACAACCAGGUGGUGGCAGCGAUUCAGGACUGGCACCAGAAUGACUCCUACAACCUGUACAUGUCUGAGUCCAGAGGGCUGUUCUUCACCCUGAUGCUGGAGAACGCCGUGAGCAGUGGAGGACCGGAGGGCAACAUUAUGAUAGACCUCUAUGAGGUUGCUGGGAUUAAGGGGGUGUUCCUGUCAAAUAAAGUUGUUGAGAACCAAGUGAAAACUUAUAUCACAUACAACAAGGGGAGAGACUGGCGUCUUCUCCAGGCUCCAACAACCGAUCUCCAGGGAAACAAGGUCUAUUGUGAACAACCUUACUGUUCUUUACAUCUACACCUUCAUGUGUCAGAGAAUCCUUACACCUCGGGAAACAUUGUCAGCAAAGAUUCAGCUCCAGGAAUUAUAAUAGCAUCAGGUGUGGUUGGACCUGAGCUGACCAGUAAUAAUGUCAGUAUUUUCAUCACAUCUGAUGCUGGGAACAGCUGGAGAGAGGUUUUUCAGGAAGAGUACAGCGUGUUUUUCCUGAAUCAAGGAGGAUCUCUGGUGGCCAUCCGACACACACCUCUGCCAAUUAGACACAUUUGGCUGAGUUUUGAUGAGGGCAGAAACUGGGACAAAUACAGCUUCACCUCCUCUCCGCUCUAUGUUGAUGGGGUGCUGGGAGAGCCUGGAGAGGACACCCUCAUAAUGACAAUAUUCGGUCAUUUCAGUCAUCGAUCUGAGUGGCAACUUGUCAAAACUGACUUCCGGUCCAUUUUCCAACAACGAUGCACAUCUGAAGAUUACAUGACAUGGCAGUUACACAAUGAGGGCGAAGUGUGCAUCAUGGGAAUGAAGAGAAUCUUCCAAAAACCAAAAGCAAACGCUCGAUGUGUCAAGGCCAGAAAUCAGUAUAUUUCCCAGAUGUCAGAUUCCUGCCCAUGCACAGAGGCAGAUUUUGAGUGUGACUACGGGUUUGAGAGGCAGAUUGAUGGGAGCUGUGCUCCGGCUUUCUGGUUCGUUCCUACAGUAACAUCCAGAGACUGCAUCGCGGGGGACAGCUUCCUCAACACCACAGGAUAUCGCCGGGCUUCGUCUAACAACUGCACUGAGGGAACACUGUCGAAGUACAGCCCCAGGCGACAAAAGUGUCCCAGUCAGGCCCCCAGGGGCCUCCAGCUCCUCACCAGUGAGGGAACACUGGUAGCAACCCUGGAGAGGAAUGUCACUUUCUUGGUCUUUCUGGAAGAGGGUCUCAGCUCCAUGACAAGUGUAACGGUGGACUUUGGCGACGGCACGGCGAUAUCUUAUGUUAACAUAAGCUCCAUCGAUGACGGGGUCAAGCAUAUCUACAGUAAAGUUGGCAUCUACAAAGUUUCUGCUACAGCAACCAACGCUCUGGGCUUUGACAGGGUGGUACUCUAUCUCCAUGUCUCCUGUCAACUUGAACAGGUCCAGCUCUCGGCUCCUUCAGUGGUCGUCAAGAACAAAGCAGUAAACCUCACGACAGUGUUACGCCCCAGCAGUGUGGGAACAGUGAGCUAUUACUGGUGGUUUGAUAACAAAACAGAGCCUGGUGUGACUCUGGAUGGAACGAUGUCCUUCACUUUCUCCAAGGAGGGAAGUCACACUGUCACUGUUCAGGCUUCAGUUGGCAAUACUGUCCGUCAGGACCAAAUUACUUUGGCUGUUUACGAUUAUUUUCGGUCACAUGUUUUGGGCUUUUCUUCUAAUUUGGACGAGCUGAACCCCGGGGUGUCUGAGUGGAGAGAGGACAUCAGCCGAGUGGUGAAGAGUAACAUGGUUCAGGUCACAGGAAUAAACGAGAAGCAGCUCCUGGUCACAGUGCUCCCAGGUUUACCUACAACAGCAGAGGUUUUCAUCGUGCCCGGGAAGAGGCCAAGAGACGGGGACAUGGAUGAAAAGUGGGCGCACCUGGAUCAGCUUUCUCAGGUUCUGCUAAGUGCUUUGAACCAAGACCUUAUCCAGUUCACACUCAAACCGGGGGUGCAAGUGAACGUGUACGCCACGCAGCUGUCUCCAGCUCCUCUUGUGGACAGCAGUGAUAGUGGCCACAGUGGAACUGCAGUCAUCAUGCUCGUGUCAGUCGUGCUGAUGGGCUUGGCUGUCUUUGUUAUAUAUAAAUUCAAAAGGAAGAUCCCAGGCAUCAACACAUACACAGCAGAGCAGCCUGACAAAGAACAAGAGGUCAUCCCGACAGUGACCUCCAUAGUCAUCCCAAACCCUGAGGGGGACAAGCUGACCUCGCUGGAUCAUGUGGAUGUACAGUUGGACUCAAAAGGCAGAGGCUACCUGCCAUCUCACACUGACAUCAAGCUCUCGGAUGAAGCGCCCCAUGUGUUUUAA